AUGGCAGGUGAUGAAAGUGACAGUGAUCUGAAGCCAUCAAGUGUCGCUAUCAUCAGAGAAGUUUACGAUAGUGAAAAUGCCCACAUUAAAUUUGAAAUGGAAUUGGAAAGAGCACUUGAGGCCGGCGUAAGGGUAAUAGUCAUAGAACCUGAACCACUUGGAGAAGAAACUGCGAGGUGGAUAUACGUUGGAAAUCUCUUACAUAAAAUCUCUGUUUACAGUGGACUCUGCAGUAUUGCGUCAGAAUGUAAUAACUUAGUAACAUUUUAUAACAACUUAACACCUCUAUUGCCCAAUAAAUCUAUUAGUAAUAUAAUGUUGCAUCUUUUAGUUGUUUUGAAUUAUUUGAAUAAUUAUUUUUUAUAA